GUUUCCGGCUGUGAACAGCGCGCGCGGUUUGCUCUGAAUCCGGGAAAAAAUGUGGGAGACACUGAGGGCUAUGGAUGACCUGCUGCGCUGUGGCAUUUGUUUUGAAUACUUCAACACUGCCAUGAUGAUCCCUCAAUGUUCACACAAUUAUUGCUCCCUUUGUGUGCGGAAAUUCUUAUCGUACAAAACACAGUGUCCGCUCUGUUGUGUGCCUGUGACAGAACCGGAACUACGCAAUAACAGAAUAUUGGAUGAAGUGGUGAAAACUUUUCGUUCUGCAAGAGAUUUGGCAAAGUGCAAUUUGGAGUCUCCUCCAACCUCACCUCAGGCAACACGAGCAGAUGGAUCAGACAAGAACCUUUUGAGUAGUUCCAAAGCUCAUGCUAAGAUGAAGCAAGAGACAAUAUUUAUGGGCAGAUUUUUGUCUCGGAGCCCUUCUGUCACGCCCAUGAGACCACCAGGGGGACAGUCUAUGGAGAACCAAUGCAGUGUGGACGAAAUUAGCACUUAUGCCAAGUCAAUCACUGCUGCACCUAAUUGCUUGGGAGACCGAAGGAACGCUGAUGUUGCAGAACAACCUUCAACUUCACGGGAAAUAGUAAAAGUGGAUUGCCCAGUCUGUGCAGUUGCUAUCCCUGAAAACAACAUAAACAAGCACCUUGACAGCUGCUUAACACGAGAAGAGAAGAAAGAAAGUCUUCGAAGCUCUGUGAACCAAAGGAAGCUGCUACCUAAACUAGUGUACAAUCUGCUUUCUGAGAGAGAUUUGAGGAAGAAGUUAAAGGAAUGUGGACUGUCAACUCAAGGCACUAAAGCACAGAUGGUUAAACGACACCAGACAUUUGUGCAGACCUACAAUUCGCAGUGUGACUCUUUAAACCCCAGAUCAGGCUCUGAGAUCGCUAGAGAAAUCGAAAGGAAUGAGAAGACCCAAGCUCAGCUUGAAAGUAAAGCAAGUGAAAAUAUGAUGAAAUUCACAAAGGACCAGUCAGAAGAAGAAAUUGACGAGGUCCACAAAGAAUAUCGUAUAAAACAUUGCAAAGAAUUUCAACAACUAGUGGCCGAGGUGAGGAGCAGAUGGAAAACAAAGGGUACAAAAAUGCAGAAAGAAAAGGAUGCUGAAGAGCAGUGUCCAACCAUCUCAGGAGAGGAUGUUAAGGAGGACAUGGACUGUAGUGAAGAAGAGCGACGUCAGGAUGAGCCCCCAUUAUUAGAGAGCACAGACUUGCUUUCAGUACCUAGUUCUUUGAAAGAUGAACGUUGUUCAUCCGAUGUGGUCCCGGCUUCACCUUCAUCAAUAGCCAGCUCCAUCUCUGAUAUAUGUAGAGAUCCUGAGUAUUCCCAGGAACCUGCAGACUUGCCAAACACGGACUUGUCAAACAGCAAGACACAGAAAAGGAAAAUGAGAGCCAUGCCCAGGAGAAUGAGAUCUGAAAAUAAACGGUCACGGAAGUGAGCAUUCCAUCCCGAAACGUGACCCUAGUUUCCAAUGAGAAACUGGGACUCUCAAUCAAAUGCAAAAAAACCCCAUAUUUUUAACCAGAAUAUUCAAAAUAUUCUAAAAUAAAGAUUCAGCACUUUGGA